AUGACUGGCUUUGCCAAACUCGCCCUCUCUGUCCAAAAAGUCCGGGCUGCGAUCCACAGGAGGAAGGCGGGCGCCAAGGACGGUCCCAAGCGCGGAUCUGAGUUAAGGCUGAAUCAUACCGGUCUACCACCUUCCUCGCCAUGGGACCUCCCGGUCGAGAUUCAAAUCACCAUAUUUGCUUAUUGCGGCAUCACCGACUUCCACCCGCUGAGACUCGUCUGCAAGGCCUUCUGCGAGCUACUCACGUUCAACGAGCAUGAAAUCGUCCGCCGAUACCUCCGCCAGCGUCGACACGGCACCCUGCCCUCCCCGAUUGACAAUGACCGCACCUAUACCCGCAAUCCAGCGGACGACGUCGUCCUCUUGUCCGACCUGUUCCCGCCGUUCAAAAGCGCUAGAGGUGGUCACCUUUACACAUUCAAGUACCUGCAUGGGCUACGGCGGCGGCAGAAGCUCUGUUCAAGGCUCUGCUACUAUCUCGCGGAUCGUAUCCUUGAUCGUUUCAUGCAGACCGAACCCGCGGUCAUGAGGGCCUCAUUCCCUACGAAGAAAAACGAACGCAAUGCCCUUGUCAAGCGCGGCAUAGCUAGCAUAUGGUUCCACCUCGCACCUCUCAUGUACUAUACCCUCUAUUUCCUCGAAUCAUACGCGUCAGCGAGGCGCGAACACACCAACAUGCUCGUGCAAAAAUACGAAGCAGGUCAUCUACCAGUACCUCUUCCACUAGAAAUCCGACAGAGGAUGUACCGCGAGUUACAGACCCGAAUACUUCAGACUCCUCCAUUUACCAACACGGCCACCUUGGUCGCGACACACCACUGCAUGCAUUUACUGGUUUCAUAUAUACGAUACACAAUGUCCUCCGAGGGACCAGUCGUAAUGGACGAUUCAUGGAUAAGCUCAUUGCUCACGCUGGCGCCAUUCGUGCGCAUCGUGGAGUUUUUCUCCGCGGAGAUUGGAGACGGGGGGAGCCAACGCACUCAGCGCAAGGACUUUAUGUAUAACUUCUAUCAUGACAUGACGAUGUACGAAAAGGAUCAUAUGCAUUCAGCUGUCUUUGCUCGUGCCUCCGCGCAGAACUUGCAUAGUUCUGUCGAGGAUAUUUGGUUUGCCGCUGCUCAUGCUGAGUUGACUGCUCGCCGGGCCAUUCCUCAUGAUGUUGAGCAUGUUUGGGUUUGGAACGGUAUUCCUAUUGUUUUUGGGUGUCCGGAUUGUCACCGCACCAGAGGUUGGCAAGCAUGA